AUUUGCUAUUUUGUAGUAAUUUGUCUAGAGAUUAAUCACAGCAAACCCCACUCUCCGCCUCAAACCUCGAUGCACCGAACGUAGCCACUGUUUUUGCCCGCGGAAAUCCCAUCCGGAAGAACCCGCUUCCUGUUCCGUCCUUAACCGAGUUCCGGUGGCCAGCAUGAUACAAAACGACAACGUCCGCGUGCAGCAGGUUAAGCUGCGGUUUGUGCGCGAGUUCAAUAUCAAAGUGAUCGACGAGUGGUUAACGGGCUGCGUGUCGUUUUGUCUGCAAGAAAACCCACAAACCACCAACGAGAGCCUUUUCGAGUUCGCCUUCAGCCAGUGGUUGCUGGCGGAUCUGCGCGAGAUCGGGGUCGCGGUGCUACCGACCGGCUUCAACAGCCGAACGGAACAGUACACUCUGAACGGCAGCUUCCCGAUUCAAAUGCACCAACUGAUCGAUAUCUCGGAAUCUGCGUACGAUCAGUGGCGAAAAAUGUACGACAAGAAGCUGGACGAAGCGGACGAUGAGGUGCAGAUGCGAAAGAACCAAACGCAACACACAAAGAAGCGCCGUAUGUUGAAACUGGAACUUUCGGAUGGGAAACAAACGGUCACAGCCAUGGAGCACAGUCCGAUCCGAUGCCUCAACACGAAGCUUGCACCGGGAUCGAAGAUACUGCUAAGUGGACCACUCCGUUGCAUCAACGGUGUCCUGUUUCUGGAGCCCAAAAAUGUUCGUCUCCUCGGUGGAGAGAUCGAUGUGCUGCUGAUCGAUAACGCGUACGAAAACGUGCUGCUACGGGCCAUGAACAAACCGAUCAAUCCAAACCCUAAAAUCGAAUACGAAGAGUCGGAAGUGGAGGAGAGCCGUACGCGUACCAACUAUGGCAACAUUCAAUCGAUCGCUAUGACCAGUCAGAGUCAAAGAGGCCAGACAACGAGAACGAGUCACCGUAAUAAGUCACCUUCUGUGAUCGUGGUGGAGGAUGGUGACGAUGAUUCCUUGCUUUUGGCCGUGGAUUUAGAUUCCAUCGAGACGAGCCAACCACGGGGUGAGAGUAAACCGGAACAAGUGCCUGCGAUCAGUACGCUAAUGGAUGACGAUGAGCUAGAUGAGCUGGUGAAUUUGAUCGAGGAUCCGGUUGAGCCGGAAAUCAUGAACGAACAGGUAUCAUCGACAAGAUACUCACAACCUUCACCCGUACGCCCACAACCAUCACGUGCCAUAGCCCGUCGCCCGUCGCCACCGCCACGAUUAGCCGAACCGGAUGAAGAUGAUUUCGAUUUAAUGAACUCGCUGGAGAAUGAAAUUCAGAACGAAAUGCGAGAACAGCAAGCAGCAGCCAAUGCCUUUGCUCCUUCGGACUGGCCCGAAGAACCGGACGAGGAGACACUCAGGUCACCACAGAUGAAAAAGAGCCGCUUGAGUAAUGAGCAUGAACCGAUGACGAUGGCGGCGGAACCUGAACCGGAGAAGACGAACCGAGUUAUCGAGGUGGAAGAAAGUACCACAAGUAAGAGGUUUAAUCAGUUCAAUGCCGUAUCGGUAUUCGAGGACAGUAUGGAUACCGUGGUAGAUUUAGGUUCCGUUUCGAUGUCAUCGAUUCCCGGUAUCCUUUCCCCGAGUUACGCAUUCCGAAUCGACAACAUCAGUUUGGUGACGAUCGAACAGCUCGAUGCACUCGAGCCGACCGAUCGCGCCGGUACAAGUUUCGUCGUGUUCGGUGAAGUCAUUGAUCUGGUCGAACCACCUCGAAUAAAGAGACAAAGAUGGCACAUGGGAGUAAAGCUAUCGGAUAGUACGGCACCGGGGCUCUCGGUACGGUUGCACAACGAUGUGGUCGUCGGGAUGAUUCCCACCAGACCGGACCCGGGCGAGCUGAUGCGAAGGAAUCAAAUCGAUCGGGAAGCAACCCUUAAGCUACUCGAUACGAUGCUGGCGGAAUUGAAUCAGGUUCUGCAUGAGAUCAAAUGCUUUUGGCGCGUUGAUUAUCCAGAUCGCGAACCCUCCUCUAGCCAGCAGUCCUCCUCUGCAUCUGCCGACUCUGGGCUACCGACCGUGAUAAAGAGAUACGAAAUGACCGAUGAACGGAGGGCGCUACUGAUGCGCAAGAUAAGUAAAGAGAACUGUAACCAGCUAAGGGAACUGUUGUAAGGUGAAGCAACAAGUGGAAAACACG